GUGAGAUCUAUAUCAAGGAUGAGGUAACCAUAAUAACAGAGUAUGAAUAACCUCAAUAUUAUCUCGAGGACCAGAGACCCACAGCAUCAGGUUAACUGAGAAGGUAUGACCACAUGUCCAGCGUUGAAUAGGCUGCAUGUCUUAGACAGUUGCUUGGCGAUGUUGGCGCAGCCACUACCUCGUAUCCUGGUCUCGACGUUGGGUAUGGAAACCCUCGGAUGCCGAGGAUCUCCUUGAAGGUAUAAAAGGCUCAUUGCUACCCUUAUCCCUGACAUUCAUCAUCAUCAACAACAAAUCAAUCACUCACAGCCCGUUCCAAACUCAAAAAACCUCGUUCUAAACCACUUUUUCUCAAACACCCUACAAACCACACAAAAUGCAGAUCAAGAGCUUCGUCGUCGCCGCUUCGGCCGCUGCCACUGCCUCCGCCGCCGCCUGCCAGGCCACUACCAAUAAGUACUUCGGCAUCGUCGCCAUCCACUCUGGCAGUGCUGUCCAGUACCAGCCCUUUAGCGCUGCUAAGAGCAGCAUCUUCGCUGGCCUCAACUCCCAGAACGCUAGCUGCGACCGCCCCGACGAGAAGAGCGCCACCUUCUACAUCCAGGACGGUUCCCUGUACCUCUAUGCCGCCUCUGCCACUCCCCAGGAGAUCUUCGUCGACCGCUCUGGCAUGGGGCAAGAUCGGCUACACCACCGGCGCUCAGCCAGCCCCAAGAACUCCGAGCGCCAGGGCUGGGCCGUCGACGACCAGAACCACCUCCAGUUCCAGGGCAACGGCCUGAUCGCCUGCCCCAACAGCAUCGACGGUGCCUGGAGCAUCUGGGCCGAUGCCGGUGUUGCCAACCCCGGCGGCAACAAGGACUGCGUCGGCAUCGCUGCUCGUGUCGAGGAUGUUGCCAACCCUAACGGCUGUGUCUACACCCAGUAG